CAGUGCAGAGACACGCCGUUCUGACAGUUUAGGAUUACUUUUUGUCUUUCUGGGCAGAACGAAAAUGUCGGAGACUGCUCCAGUUGCUCCUGCCGCUCCUGCACCCGUAGAAAAAACACCUGUUAAGAAGAAAGUGAAGAAGGCAAGCACAACAGUUGGGAAACGCAGGGCGUCUGGGCCCCCGGUGUCCGAGCUCAUCACCAAGGCAGUCGCCGCCUCCAAGGAGCGCAGCGGCAUAUCUUUGGCUGCGCUCAAGAAGGCGCUGGCGGCCGCCGGCUACGACGUGGAGAAGAACAACAGCCGCAUCAAGCUGGGCCUUAAGAGCCUGGUGAGCAAGGGCACCCUGGUACAGACUAAGGGCACCGGCGCUUCCGGCUCCUUUAAGCUCAACAAGAAAGUGGCUUCUGGGGAAGACAAGCCCAAAGCCAAGAAACCGAUUAUGGCCAAACCCAAGAAGCCCGCGGGGGCGACCAAGAAGCCCAAGAGGGCAACGGGCGCGGCCACUUCGAAGAGCAAGAAGGCCCCAAAGAAAGCGAAGAAGCUAGCUACCGGUGCUGGGACCAAGAAAGUGAGCAAGAGCCCGAAAAAGGUGAAAGCAGCUAAACCGAAGAAAGCAGCGAAGAGUCCAGCCAAAGCCCCUAAGCCUAAAGCAGCUAAGCCGAAAACUGCCAAACCCAAGACUACAAAAGCAAAGAAAUCUGCGCCUAAGAAGAAGUAAAGCUGUAGCGGGACGUCCGGUUUGAGAAUCUCAAAGGCUCUUUUCAGAGCCACCCACUACUAUCAAAAAAGAGCUUAACUAUAUACCCCGACACAACCACGGUCACAAUUACUUUCAGAUAAUUACGUGGCUCUAAGGAAGAACCUUUGGCGUUUUAUGAUCUAAACUCAACUGGCUUGGUCUGGGGCAGUAGCAGUUCGGCAGUGGGGCCUGCCAGCAGCACGCGGUGCGGGAUGAUGCGCGUCUUGUCGCGGGCCGCGCUGGCCGCCAGCUCCAGGAUGUCGGCCGUCAGGUACUCAGCACCGCCGCCAUGUACACGGGCGCGCAGACCACGACCCGGUCUGCGUAGUAAUCCUUGCGGAGCAGACGGUGCAUGCGACCCACGGAACUGCAGCCCGUCUAGCGACGGGGCGGGUCUUGGCCUUCACAUCAGUUUUGACAAUAUUCGCCGCGCUUUUACACCUUUCAAAAGACAUUGUUUUCAAGGCAAUCUGAGGAAGGGGUCAUUAGAGUGUCGAAUGUUCGGUAAAACUUCCUUUCCCAUUGGUUUGCAAAGACUUGAAAGUUAGCCAAUCAGAACUUGUUCCUGGACUUGCAUUUACUCUCGAGAAAAAUGACUGCACCAAUUAAAGGAGACAUAUUGAAAUUGUAAAUACUGUGAAGUAGUUAAAAGCUUGGAUUCCCACCCCCACCUAGGUUAAUGGCGUCCUUUGGAGGGGUUAUUCACGCUAUUCUGUGUAAUUUGCAUAAUCAUUGUUACCACCCCGAAGCUAAGGAUAAUAAAUAUAAAAUUCACCAUAGCAGUUUAUAAUUUAACCAGAUUGAUUUGCUAGAUUCCUUUCCUGCAUAUUGUUGGGAGGAACCACGGAGUCUUGGUUGUUCGUCUAUUAUCUCUUUCUUAGGUGAAUUUUCAAAAAACGGAAGGGGAAACAAAACUGGGAAGGCAACGUAGUUGUUUAGAGUGGUAACAGGCAAACCAAAAGGGCUUUAUGAAGAUGGGUUGAUUGAGUUGUUCCACCAUAUCCAUAAGGCCUCUGGGGUUGAGGUGUUUUGUUUUGUUUCCCAGGGAAGCCUAAUUAAUUUUAUGGAAAAAUCUUGACAAAAAUCUUGAGUUCCACAUUCCAUUAUAGGGCCGUAAACAUGGAGAGGAAAAGACUAUCUUUUUCACAAACUCUAAAUCCAGUUUAGUAUUUCAAUUAUGUGUGUAGGCAACCACUCACAAGGGAUUUUGCAGUAUCUGUGAUAUUUUUCAACAAUGGCAAUCACAUAUGUUUUUAUCACUUCGCGCUAUUGUCUUGAAAUAAAGUUCACGCUCAUUGA